AUGUUGGUGCGCCGCGCCGCGAGCCGAGCGCAUCAUAUCAAGAGUAUGCCGUCGAGGAAACGGCCGACGGCGAGGAUACUGCUGCAAGCUUCGGCAGGGGCUACCGCACUCGGCGCCGCCGCCUUCGUGCAGCUGGCGCAGGAGGAUGACGGAGGCACCGAACAGACGGGCGAGCGUCGUAUGCUCGAGGUCUCGAGAGAGGAAAUGCACAAAAAGAUAUCUGACCACGACCAAGGCCUGAAGGGACUUGUCCGCAACGCCCUUGUCUUCUUUGACAUCUACGUUUGGGAACCAUUCUGCACUGGCGUUCGCUUCCUGCAUUUGGUCGUCAUCUUUGUCCCCGUCAUCGCCUCCGUCCCAGUCCUGUGGCUCGGUAGCAGACAGCCCGGUCGCGACAACGAGCGAAGCGGCACACUGUGGUGGUACGGCUUUCUGGUCAGGGCCAUGGAAUGGGCUGGGCCGGCCUUCAUAAAGCUCGGCCAGUGGGCGGCCUCUCGGACGGACAUCUUCCCCAACGAGAUGUGCGAUACCAUGUCCAAGCUGCAUUCCCAUGCACCCGCCCAUGCAAUGCGAAAGACGCGCGAGACGGUCCAGGCCGCAUUCGACGGCCGUGCCUUUGAAGAUAUAUUUGAGGAGUUCAACGAGACGCCCUUGGGCGUCGGCGCCAUUGCCCAAGUGUACAAGGCCAAGCUCAAGCCGGCCCUGGGAUUGGCGGCGGACCACGACAUCAACCAAGAGCAGCCGCUGUCGCGCAAUGUCCGCCGCAACGUCGAGAAGGUUCUCAAGCGCUCGCCGAAGCGUGUUCCGUCAUCCUACGUCGCCGUCAAGGUUCUGCACCCGAACGUGGAGCGCAUCGUGCGGAGGGAUCUGAGGAUCAUGUCCUUUUUCGCCACCAUGCUCAAUGCCAUACCGACCAUCGAAUGGCUCUCCCUACCAGACGAGGUUGUCCAGUUCGGCGAGAUGAUGAAGCUCCAGCUGGACUUGCGCAUCGAAGCGGCAAACCUGCAAACGUUCCGCCAGAAUUUCAAGGACCGAUCAACAGCCUGGUUUCCCUACCCGUACACCGAAUUCACGACCCGCAACGUGCUUGUCGAAGAGUUUGCCCAAGGGAUCCCCCUCGCCGAUUUCAUGGAGAACGGCGGAGGCGUCUUCCAGCAUGACAUUGCAGACGAGGGCUUGGACGCGUUCCUGCGCAUGCUUCUACUGGACAACUUUGUCCACGCCGACCUCCACCCCGGCAACAUCAUGGUUCGCUUUUACAAACCCGCGCUUCCCGAUCUCCGCCUGCGCAAGUCACGGCCCGAAAGCAACACGCGCGUCGGCGAGGCUGACGUGACGGAGAAGGUCCUUGAACGCCUGCGGCCUUUCCGCUCGCGCAAGAACAAAGCUGCCUGGGAAGCUGAACUCGCCAAGAUCGAUGCCGAGGGAUACCGGCCCCAGUUGGUCUUCAUCGACACAGGCCUCGUCACGGAGCUCAAUGCCACGAAUCGCGAAAAUUUCCUCGCCCUCUUUCGCGCCGUCGCCGAGUUUGACGGCUACAAGGCUGGCUAUCUGAUGUGUGAGCGUUGCAGACAACCCGACGCGGUCCUGGACAAGGAGGUGUUUGCACUCAAGAUGCAACAUCUUGUUCUCAGUGUCAAGAGCCGUACCCUCGCUCUCGGCAACGUCAAGAUCGGAGACAUCCUGCAGCAGGUUCUGGCAAUGGUGCGGACUCACCACGUGCGGCUCGAGGGAGACUUUGUCAACGUCGUCAUCAGCAUUCUGCUGCUCGAAGGCAUCGGCCGAAGCCUAGACCCGAAUGUCGACUUGCUGAGCAGCUCCUUGCCUAUCCUGCGCCAGUUGAGCGCACAGAGCGGCGCAGAAAUGGCCAAGCACGGCGACUUCUCCAUGAUUGCCGUGUGGGUCGGUCUCGAGGCGAGAAAAUUCCUUCAAGCGAGCAUAGAAGAUGUCGAGCGAUGUGUUAAAUACGAUCUCCUUUCACCCAAUGUAUGA